UAAGUAAAGCAUAAGCACACACAAGUCUGAACUUUUCCUUGCUGAUUGGUUAGUUUUUCUCCAAAACAUUUGAAGAAAUCAAAUUGUGAUCUUCCAUUUAAUGCUUUUGCUUUAACUUUUUCUCUGCAUUGAUUUGUGAGGAAGCCUACACACACUUCACUUUUCAACAGUAUAUUUGGAGUACCGCAGAUGCUAUAAAAUAGGCACAAACAAUACCAUCACAGUGCUUGUGCUUUAAGACUGAGAGUGAGAGACUAAACAUUGACAAAGAGAGAAGAUACCUCUUCUUCUACACCCUUUUCUCUCUCUCUCUCUCUCUUCUGUCUCUCUCUCUCACACACACACACAAUGGAGAAGGCGGUUGGGCUGAGCCACCUGUUCAUGACGGUGUUUCUCUACUGCUUCGCCAACUUCAUGGUGGUUCCGGCCAUCACCGACGUUACCAUGGCCGCGCUUUGUCCCGGAAAAGACGAGUGCUCCUUGGCCAUAUACCUCACCGGAGCUCAACAAGCGAUAAUUGGGUUGGGUUCAGUCGUGGUUAUGCCUUUGGUUGGGAAUUUCUCCGACACUUAUGGAAGAAAAGUGAUGCUCACAGUCCCCAUGACUCUGUCCAUCUUUCCUCUUGUAAUACUGGCAUGCAGCAGGACAAAAUAUUACUUCUACGCUUACUAUGUGCUCAAAACUCUGAUUGCUAUGGUCAGCGAAGGAAGUGUUCAGUUUCUUGCUCUUGCAUAUGUGGCAGAUAAUGUUCCAGAGAGCAGAAGGGCUGCAGUGUUUGGUAUCAUGUCAGGCUUUUCUUCUUCGUCGUUCGUGUUUGGAAAUUUGUCGACUCGUUUCCUCUCCACUUCCGCCACGUUUCAAGUUGCUGCUGCAAUGUCUGUUGUUGCACUGUUAUACAUGAGAGUGUUUCUUCCAGAGUCGGCAAUGAGCAGUAGCAUGUGUGCAGCUGCGGAGAGCAGAGAAACUGAUUGUCUUCUGCAGAAAGCUCCCUCGAAGAAAUGGAAGCUUUUCAAGACUCUGCCUUCAGUGGAUGACACCAUUUUCUUGUUGAGGACUAGCCCCACAUUCUCGAAAGCAGCUGUGGUUGCAUUCUUCAUUAACGUUUCAGACGUUGGCCUCUACGCUUCUUUGAUGUAUUACUUGAAGGCUCAGUUUCACUUUAACAAAGACCAAUUCGCUGAUCUGAUGAUAAUUGCCGGAAUUGCUGGAUCAGUAUCGCAGCUGAUCAUCAUGCCCAUAUUAACUCCACUCAUGGGUGAAGAAAAGAUGCUUUCCUUAGGGCUCUUUUUCAGCUGUGCUCAUAUGAUACUUUACAGCAUUGCUUGGGCACCUUGGGUUCCUUAUGCUGCUGCAAUGAUAUCCGUUGUGGCUACUUUUGCACUGCCAUGUUUACGAAGCAUUGCAUCCAAACAGACUGGACCAAGUGAACAGGGAAAGGCUCAAGGGUGCAUCACCGGCAUAUGCUCCUUUGCCAACAUCGUCUCCCCUCUCGCUUUCAGCCCUUUGACAGCUUUGUUCCUAUCAGAUAAUGCACCAUUUCACUUCCCUGGAUUCAGCAUUAUGUGCUCCGGUUUAGCUGCUAUGAUAGCAUUCCUACAAAGCAUCAUGAUAAAGCCUCCCCCAUGUCCUGCCAAAAACUGCAGCAAUAUCUGCAGUUCCAGCACUGCAGAGCCCUUAGUUUAAACAGCAGCGUUUGUAAGUCCUUCGAUUUAUAACCACGAUGUAUCACAUGGCGACUGCUAGAAAUUUAAACCUCGGGUACAGAAGGCUACAUUUUAUGAAGGCCUGUUGAAGAUUGCCUAGUAAAGAUCUACAGCUUGAAAUGGUAAUAUGAGUAGUAAUCCUGUAUUAAUAUAUUAAUGCAGCCUAUAGAUAAAUUUUUUUGCUUGUUUUAUACAUUUCGGGUCAAUCUUUCGACUGUUUUCAGGAAAUGUAAAGCAGUGAUUAUUGUAGAAAGAUAGAGAUGAAAGCUGGAGCUGAAAUUCCCUUUUAUUUUAUGCAUGAUACGGGAAAUUUUAGCAGUUGUAGUGAAGUUGUAAUCUCUUUCUUUCUUUAUUUAUAUAUUAAUGUUGCAAGAUUAUUUAUAGAUAUCCACAUUUGAAUUC